AUGGCUGAUGGUAAUUGCGCUUUUGAAUUUGUAUCCAUAUCUACUUGCCGUGAUUUAGACGAGUCUGUAGUAAUUAGUGAACAAUUCGCAGAAGGCUACGAAAAACUAAAAAUCGAUGCAAAUCAAGAUCUUUUCGAUGUCAGAUCCAUAUAUAGUAAAGGAUUUGUUGAAGCUAAUUUUUCGAGAAAUUUAUUCUCAGAUGAUGAAAACAAUUUAUCAUUGAAUCAAUGCCUCUAUUUUCUUUACCCAACGAGUGGUGGAGAACUUCAAAGAGGCACAAACACGAUAGGAAAACUUUUCAAAACACCGAAGGCAUCUAGUCGAAGGAUUUGUCUCAGUUUUUGCUCGUCAAAACCAAAUAUACUAAUCAAAAAAGUUUUAGGAAAUACUUCGAUUACAAAAGCAUUUGAAGAAUCACCUUCAUUUUCAAAAGCAACAUAUAAUGUGACAGUGAAAAUUUUAAAUCGUUUAUGGGACGAAGCAUUACUGGAUAAAACGUCGGAACAGUUUCAGACAUUGUCAAAUGAUGUCACAAGAGCUGUGAGUUUUAAAAAUUCAACGAAAAAUGCUUAUGGUCCUGAAAUAGAUUAUCCAAUUAUCCCAAAUAAUGGCUGUGGUUACCAUAAUGCCUGUGAGUUUUCCUACGAUCAAGUAAAUACGACGAAUGAUAAAAAGGGGUAUGAUAAUGCUGCCUAUCAAACAACUGCUCAUGGCCGUCAAUUUUCGCAGGCAACAACAGCAUCACAAAAUGGCAAAGGUUCACCAAAUACAACAGAUGAAAGUCCUAAAGGUGUCGGUGAAACUACUUAUCAAGAAUGGUUCAAUAAGGUUGCAUCGAAAGCAGCAUCACAACAACAUGAAGAAGCAUCACUUCCAUCGCCGGUUAGUCGAGUAACAUCAUCUCGACAAUCGUUCAUUGCUGCCCCAUAUAUAGCAAGUGACCCAACUGGCUACUACAACCUGGCUGUUGAUUACCAUCGUAUGCCACCACCUGGAUAUUACCGACCAUACUAA